CGUGAGCAGUAGCUGGCGGUACACGCGCUAAUGGUCUAUCCGAAGUGCGCGUGCCAGUCGAAGUGAACUUCGACGUCGGUUUGUGAUGUCGGACUGGGAGGCUGAAUAUGACGAGGGCGGUGGUGCCAUCUCGAAGCCUUCGCUUGUCCAUAAAGCUCCGUACACGGGGUGGGAAGGUUCCUCACAUAGCAGGAAAGAAAAUGUGUCUUUUGAUUCAAAGAGUGCUAAAAUUGGGUCGAGAAGGUCCCCAAUGGCGGAAAUGGAGAGAGCGGGACGGGAGGUCAACCACGACCGAGAAACGCGUCGUGAGAAGUCAGCUUCAAGCCGAGCUCUCACUCUGAGCGUGGAAAACUCUCAAAUCGGGAGAAUAAUCGGUCGAGGUGGAGCGAAAAUCCGCGAGCUGCAGGAGUCCAGUGGAGCGAGAAUUAAGAUUAACCGUGGAGACUACAAGGGAGAGGUGCUCAUUUUCGGUAGCAGUGAUGCCCAACAGAAAGCCAACAAUCUGAUCCAGGAGCUUAUAGGAACAGGUGCUGCUAAUGAGCUCGGACUUCACUAUGGAAGUGAGACUUGCUGGUCAGCAUCUGCACUGCAGCCUUCAGCUGCUUCACCUUCUAUACCUAUAGAUUGGAAUGCCAUACGUGAGAACAAGGGGAAAUAUGAGACUUUGAAAUGGAAAGAUCUCCCACCACUGGAGAAGAAUUUCUACAUUGAGGCAGACUUUGUGGCCAAGCGCAGUGCAGAGGAGAUCAAAAACUGGAGAAAGGAGAACAAUAAUAUCUUUGUGGAUGAUCUGAAAGAAGAAGAUAGUGAGAGUGCAGUUUCAGGAAAAGAGUUUAGGAAACGAGCAAUCCCUAAUCCUGUGUACACUUUUGAGGAGGCUUUUGCCCAUUUUCCCGAAAUAAUGGAGAACAUCGUCAGAGUGGGAUUUCAAAAACCAACUCCAAUUCAGUCCCAGGCUUGGCCUAUAGUUCUAAGUGGCCUGGAUUUGAUUGGCAUUGCACAGACCGGCACCGGAAAAACUCUUGCCUAUCUUCUUCCUGGAUUCAUUCAUAUGGACCAGCAAUCUGUGCCCAGAGACAAGCGAGGUGGCCCUGGAAUGCUGGUUUUGACUCCCACUCGUGAAUUGGCACUUCAGAUAGAAGCAGAGUGCAACAAGUACAGCUAUAAAGGCUUUAAAAGCAUCUGUGUUUAUGGAGGAGGUGACCGACGAGCCCAAAUAAAGGUGGUGACCAGCGGAGUCGAUAUAGUGAUCGCAACACCAGGUCGACUGAAUGAUUUGCAAAUGAAUGAGCUAAUAAAUCUACGUUCCAUCACCUACUUGGUAUUGGAUGAGGCGGAUCGAAUGUUGGACAUGGGCUUUGAGCCUCAAAUCAUGAAAAUCAUCCUGGACAUUCGACCUGACAGACAAACACUUAUGACCAGUGCUACAUGGCCAACAGGCGUGAGGCGUUUGGCCAAGUCGUACCUGAAAAAUCCCAUGAUGGUAUAUGUGGGCACCCUAGACCUAUCAGCUGUAGGCACAGUGCAGCAGACCAUUUUGUUUGUACAAGAGGAAGAAAAGAAGGCAUAUGUAUUUGAUUUUAUCCACAACAUGGAGCCUGAAGAUAAAGUGUUAAUAUUUGUUGGAAAAAAGAUUGUUGCAGACGACCUGUCCAGUGAUCUAUGUCUGCAGGGGUUAGCAGUUCAAUCCCUGCACGGAGAUAGAGAGCAAUGUGACCGUGAAGAAGCCCUAAAGGAUUUUAAGGAUGGACGUGUGCGCAUUCUGGUGGCCACUGAUUUGGCAUCUCGGGGACUAGACGUUCAUAAUAUCUCGCAUGUCUUCAACUUUGACUUCCCCCGGAACAUAGAGGAGUAUGUGCACAGAGUUGGGCGAACUGGCCGUGCAGGACGAUCUGGGGUUUCUAUAACUCUGGUCACGAGAGGAGAUUGGAAGCUGGCAGGUGAACUUAUACACAUUUUGGAAAGAGCUGGGCAGGAGGUACCAGAGGAGCUGGUACUGAUGGCAGAACGCUAUGAAAAACAUCAGCAGGAGAAAGAGAUGUUUCCUGCUAAACCUAAAGGAGGACGGUCUCAAAGAGGAGCAAGGGAUGGGUUCAGAGGAGGCUCGAAUAGGCGCUUUUAAAAGGAAGAAGAGGCCUGUCAAGUUCAUCCGUCACAAGCCUGAAGAUCUUUUCUUUUUUUUUUUCAAGCCAGAUUUUUAUUUAGUUGAACAAUGUUUUCAGUUUGUUAUUGUUUAUUUGUGCAUCCACAAGAGGAAACUGGUAUAACAAUGUUUUCUAGUUUAAAUGCCUUUCAAAUAAACCUAAAGACCUUGA